CGCACGAAAAAUGGCCGGGAUUAAAACUAAAGUCUAGAUUCGUUUCGUCUCUGUCAUUUAAAAAAAUGCAUACAAUUCUGGAGUAAGUAAGGUGGUGGUUUGUUCUAACAUCACAUAUUAUUGCAUAUUAGAGAUGUCUGUUUAACUGAUUAAAAAAUCUCAGAGACAAACAAAGGGCAGAAAAUGUUGGGAAUUCACACAGCAGACGAAUUUAAAACAAAACAAUGGACCAAUGUACAGAGAUUCAGAUCCUCCCACUUCCAAACCGUCCUUGGCUUUGCACCCACUUAAUGUUUAAAUUUCCAUUUUGCGUCAUUUGUUUUUCUCAAUGUGUACUGUUUCUCGCUUAUGUAACAGCCUGGUCCGAAUGGAAUCGAUGAGGAUAAGGAGGAAUGGUGUAGUAAAAUGCAGUGACUGUCAGUGGAUGUGUGUGGGUUUUGGACUUGCAGCUAGCUCGCCUUCUCGGGAGCAGUUCCAGGCAAGGACGUCUGAUGCAAGGGAGAGGGGGGGAGCAAGUUAACUCUCGGUGGCUCAGGAUCACUGCGUCACUGGAUCAGCAGCUUGGGCGGAGUAUUAUGUUAUUUCCCAGGAGCGGAGUGGUGCAUUAGACAGCCAGCGUGUUUCAGUGAAAACAGAGAGAUCGCAAGAAAUAGAUAGAUCGCACCAGCACUCCAAUAAAAAUAAAAGGACACAAAGGAAACUGUUGUUGGACAUCUGAGCCAAAGGGGACCGACUGCUUGUGGAUUGAGAUUUGUCAUUUGGACUGAGGUUUUUGCCUUUGGACCGGGGCUUGCAUUUGUCUUUGCACCGAGCUUUGAAUUUGUGUCUUUGGACCGAGGUUUGCAUUUGCAAUUGGACCGAGUUCUGCAUUUGUGUCUUUGGACCCGACCUUUGCAUCUGAAUUUGGAUCCGAGCGUUACAUCUGAAUUUGGACCCCGGGGGUUUGCAUCUGUGUCUUUGCACCGAGCCUUGCAUCUGCAACUGGACCGAGCUUUGCAUUUGCUUUAAGCCGGCCAGGACGCGGGGAUGGGAUGAGAUGAGACGAGACAAGGAUCCCAUCGGUGUUGGUUCGUUGCAUUAAGUGAAUCGCAUCGGCCGGGGGCUGGGUGGGUGGGUGAGGGAUGGAGGCGGUGAACGGGACUGCAGACAGCAAUCAGCAGCAACAGCAGCAGCAGAAGAAGAUGCCGGGCGAGAAGAAGAAGGUGCAUCGUGAGCCGUCGCCGGCCAGACCCAAGGCUGGGGUGCGGGGUUGGUCAGUGGGCCGGGUGAAGGGGCAAUGCCGCCUGUCCAGACACGGACACGGACACGGACACAGCCCGGGGCUCAAGGAUACACGGCCGGGCGCGAGCGGCAAGGCGGCCAGUGCCGGGCCCGGGGCGGAGGGAGCGCGGGCUGAGCUCAGGGGUAAGAAGGCGCCGGCAGCAGCCGCGAGCGCCGCGGGCGGGAAGAAGAAGAAAGCGGUUGCCCGUUGGAAGAGCCCGCGGGCCCAGGCCCACAUCCACGGCCUCAACCCGGGCCCCGGCCGGCGCUGGGCAGCUGGAGCCACCGACAGCAGCUCCGACCUGUCGGCCCACACCAGCGACAGCGAGGCCCCGGCCCUCGCCCUCACCCUCCCCGGACCCGGCUCCGGCUCCCCGGGCAGCGGCCAGUCCGACAGCCGCCUCCACCUCAGCAACUCGCUCGGAUUCUCCGACUUCAGCGAAGAGCAGCUGCCCGACGGCGGCGGUGGCCAUGAGGAGGAGGAGGAGAUGGUCAAGGAGAUGGAGGAGCUGCGCUCUGAUAACGACUACCUGAAGGAUGAAAUUGAAGAACUUCGAGCUGAGAUGUUGGAAAUGCGGGACAUCUACUUGGAAGAAGACGUGUAUCAGCUACAGGAACUGCGUCAAGAACUAGACAGAGCAAACAAAACCUGCCGCAUCCUUCAAUACCGACUGCGAAAGACAGAGCGAAGAAGCCUCAGAGCAGCACAGACAGGUCACGUUGAUGGAGAACUCAUCCGAAAUUUAGAACAAGAUGUAAAGGUUUCAAAGGACGUGUCUGUAAGGCUUCACAAUGAACUGGAAGCUAUUGGGAAGAAAAGAAUAAAGCUGGAAGUGGAAAAUGAAGAUCUUCAACAGAAACUAAUUGAAAUGGACAUUUCCAAGCAGGUGUUGCAGAGUGAAAUGGACAAAAUGAAAGAGAGUUCCCUGAAGAAGAGAAAUAGUCGUGUCACCACAAAGCAAGAAAAGAAACCCUUGCCACAGGAGGAUAGCGCCGACCUGAAGUGCCAGCUCCAUUUUGCGAAAGAGGAAGCGGCCGUGAUGUGCAAAAAACUGACCAAGUUAGUGAAGGAGAAUGAAAGCAUGAAAGAGGAUCUGGUGAAAUACAGCUCUCUCUACGGUGACCUGGACAACGUCGUGUCUGUUGGGGCCUUUGGAGAGUCUCCUCACGUGAGAGAAGCAGAGCUGAAACUGCAUCUAAAGUUGGUGGAGGAGGAAGCCAACAUUUUGAGCCGAAGGACAGUCGAACUGGAGGUGGAAAACCGCGGUCUCAAAGCUGAAAUGGACGAGCUGAAAGGUCACUGUGAGAAAGAGUCGUUGGGCCAGGAUGUGAGACUGGGAAUGACCAGCACAAGCUACAGCGAGUUUGGGGAGAAUAUUGGAGAGCUUAGGCGUCAGCUUCAGUUUGUGGAAGAGGAGGCCGAGCUCUUAAGGCGAUCCUUGAUUGAGUUGGAAGACCAAAAUAAGCACCUGAUGAAUGAACUAAAUCGAUACAAGAGUGAGUGUAAUCAGGAGUCAACGUGGUCGGAUAGUUGUCCGUCGUUGAACGAGCCGUCGCAGGAAGAGCUCAUGGCAGCAAGAAUCCAAAUCAGUGACCUCAACGGGAAAGUCAAGAAACUGGAAUACGAGAACCGGGUGCUGGUUUCAAACCUUCAGCGCUACGACUUAGCAUCCUACCAGUGCCAAAAGUGUUGCAAAGAGUUUGACACGGAGAUUAGCGACUCUCUAGAUCUCUCUUCAUCCCAGCCGAGAAGAGAAGUACCAGUGGGAGGAGAAAAUGACUUGAAGGAAACUCAGGAGAGAACAUCUGGCAGUGGGAGCAGCAGGGUGACCGACCACGAUGACUUCACUGGUCGCUUGUUGGGAACUAAAGACCUUGACAUUUUGUUUGGUAUUAAAGAUCAAGCUGAACUUGUUAGCGAAGUCAUUGAUCUAUUAAUCUCAGACACAAGUGGCUUUGUUUCUGACGGCAAGGUUUGUUCAUCCAUUGAUUUAUCAACACAGUCAUUCAGUGAAAGCAGUGAGGAAGCUGCAAACGUCAGUGACGCUAAUUUAAUGAGCAGCAUUAACUCAAGGCUCCUUGGCUUAAAAAACGAAUUGACAUCAGUUACUGAGAAAAUUGAUCAGCUUAGUGAAAACAUCAGAGAUGAAAACUCCCCUUUACCCCAUCUGACAGAAUCAGCAAGUUUCCUAUCCACUUUGACUUCAAUGUCUCAAGACCUGCCCAUGGACUCUGUAGGAAAAGAAUACUCGACUGAUUUAAAGCAACCUGAAUUUAGGAAUCAAGGGGACUGGCAACAAGAUGGGAGUCAGAGCCCUGACAUCUGUGGUACCAACGCCAAGGAAUACCGGGAGAGCGCCAAGGAUUACAGCAUCUACAGCCGUGAAGAAAGUGACUGCUAUGCUACAGAGGUCAAGGAACUGCAACUUGAUUUAUCUGAAGCAAAGGAAACAAUUCGAGGACUUCAGGAGCAGCUUGCUCAGGAAAGGGAGCUGCGGAGUGAGGACUCAGAGAGAUUCCAGCAGAAAAUGUCACAGCUUAAGGAGGAGCAGCAGAAGGCACUUGUGCGCCGGGACUUUGAGCUGCAGAGCCUGAAUCUACAAACCAAGCUUGAGCAGAAAUUCUGGAACCAGGAGAAAAACUUGUUUGUGAAGGAAGCUGAUCAGUUCAAGCAAAACCUCUUCCUGCUUUACAUGAAGCUGAAGUGGUUCCUGAAACACUGGAAAUGUGGCAAGAAGAUGGAUAACGACGGGGAUGAUUUACUAGAGGUGAACAGUGUGAAAGAUUUAUACUUGCUGAUUGAAGAAGAGGAGCUGAGCCCUCGCCUAGUGGACAACAGGAUGGUGACGGCAGAAGAGCAGUCUCAGAAAACCCUGGAGGAAGCCCUGACACUUCCUGCAGAGAAACCCUUCCUUGCAUCACGUCCAAAGCAGUCAAACGAAUUCAGUCGAGUUGUGGGAGACAUCAAGAUGAUUUUAAAGGACCUGUGCACAGAAUUAAAAGAGGAAAGAAGGAGAACAAACGAGCUUCAGCUACAAUUUGCAAACGCCAAAUCAGCCUGGGAAAUUGAAAAGGUGGAACUUAAAAGUUGUGUUGCACAGCUGGAAGGUAGGGCUGGGAAACUGGCUUGUGACAAAGCUGCCGGAGAUCUGAAGACGGCCUUGAAAUGGGAGAGGGAAGAACAUCAGCAGCUCCUGGCAGAGUCUUACGGUGCAGUCAUGGACCUAACGCAGCAGCUUCAAAUCAGCGAGAAGAACUGGAGUCAAGAGAAGCUAGAGUUACUGGACCGAUUUAACAACGAGCGGAGCCUCAGCGAGCAACGACUGAAGGAAAUGCAACACAAGAUCAACCAGAUGCUGCAGCACAGAAACAACAUAAUGGAAACUUGUGAUGAAUUGGAGGCAAAGGGGACUAAUCUACAACGAGCCAAGUCGGUUUCUUCAAUGUCAGAGUUUGAGAGCUUGUUGGAUACAUCUCCAUAUUUACCACCCACAACUGGACCGGCAUCAAAAAGCUUCAAAAACCUUGAGGAGCUGAACAUAAAGAAUCGGAAACACGCACCUCACGAUGAUGAUUCCUUGUAUGAGAAAUCAGAGGACAGGCUGAUCAAGCAAUCAACGACGGAAGUGCCUGUAAUCUCAUCCUGGGACUUCACCAUGACCGCAAAUCUGGUUAAUCCCCAACUGAACAAGAAGCAGAUGCAGAGGAGCUACACCGCCCCAGACAGAACGGGAAUCCGCAUUUACUACAGCCCUCCGGUCAUGCGCAGGCUGGAUGGCUCUUUGGUCCACAGCAAUGACGGCAAGGUUGUGAUUGAACCCGGUUUCCUGUUCACCAUGGCGAGACCCAAACAAACGGGCGAUUCAGAGCGUUCAGAGAACGUGUGCAGCAGGUGGUUCAAUAAUCUGUCCAAGCAUCAGGAGCUGUUGAAGAGUGGAAGCGGAGAUCGUCCCGUUUCCGUUCCCACCGCCGCUGCCUCGGGGUUUACAUCUGCCCUGCGUGAUCUACAGAUAUCGGGCAAUAUGAGCGAUGACAUGAAGGAGGUGGCCAACUGUGUGAGGAAUGUGAUCUGCACCAACCCGCUGGAGAGGGUGGUCAAUGAUACAGCCAGCCAGACGGUCGGGGUUGUCAGCAUCGGUACCCAGACAACCCGCAGUAUCAGCGUCGGCCUGCAGACUGAGAGUCCCAGGUCACUCUCCAGCAGUCUUCACCGAUCCUGGGCUUCACGAGGCUCCUUGCUGAUGCCAACCCAGAGUUCCCGCAGCAAGCAACUCUCGUCGUCCUUGGAGAAGCUGCCGACAAAAUUCGAACGUCCCUGCUGUUCGCCAAAGUACGGAUCGCCCAAACUGCAGCGGAGAAGCUCAUCAAAAAUAGAUCACACAAGGGAGCGAAGUCCUUGGGCCAUGUCCCAGAGGGGGCAGAAUGAGUCGGCCUGGGCUAGGUCCACGACUACCAGGGAUAGUCCCGUGCUGAGUUCAAUCAACGACGGCCUCUCCAGCUUGUUUAAUGUCGUCGAGCAUGCUUCGGGAAGUGUUGACUCCAUUUGGAAAUCAAGCCAGCAUGAAGCAAAAACAAAAGGGGACACAUCAAGAUAUGGGAUUGUCCAGGAGUUCUUCAGGAACGUGUGUGGUAGAUCCCAGAGUCCAGCGAAUGGAGGUGACAAGCCAAUAAAAGUACCCAUCUCUGAUGAAAGUGUCAGGAAAACAGAUGUGACCACUCCAGUGGCUCAAACACAAGUCGAGAGUGUCUCCCGUAUCGUUAACAAAAGGCUUUCCAAGCAACCAAACAAGGAGGACCAAAAACCACCAACGCCCACUCCAGGCCAGGGACCUAAAGACCGCGAUGCACGGGAUGCCGGCACGUCUGGUCUGCUGGAGGAGGCCUCCUGUGACUGUACAUCUCAGUCCCUCACCUCGUGCUUUCCGUCCAGAUCAUCAGCUCGCCACUCGUUAUCCCAGUGUAAAUCACGCUCUUUGCCUUCAGAUCCAAAUGCCUCGGAUGAAAAAUCAGGCUGAGUACUGAACUGUGCCUCGUAGCUGGGAGGUGACGUGGCUCUGCCUUCUAAAGUAAUCCUUGCAUAUUGCGCUUCACCUGGCAGCCCAAGUGUAAUUUGAGAUGUUCAGAAGAGAUUUUCAGGUUUUAUUGUCGAGUUCACUGUAGAUUGCAAAAUGUAAACUGGUGGAGAAGCAAACUGUUGAUUUAUAAUCACAAAACUCUUGAGGGACCUGGGUUACACUGCUGAGAUGGUUGAAUCAUUUCCACAAUGGUUUAAUCGGGUUAUGAGAACAGUAUUUACUACAUUUCUUUCAUCUGUAUUGCUGUUGUAUGAUUCCCUUUAGUGACCAGUUGAUGUGUAUGGAUCAAGAGGUGGUUGGAACAGCAAUCACUGUUGCACCAGUCCACAAAUAUACUUGACCAGGGAGACAUUAACUGUUGCUGAAGCAUCUCCAGAUUGACCAUUCCCUCCACAAGUCAGCUCGGACAUUAGUGCAAUUUGGUUUUAUUUUUGGCCUAACGAAGAUGAAUUAGAUGAGAAAACAAAGCAGGCGCAGUGGGGCAAGGGCCUACUGUUAUAUGUGCUAUUUAUUGAAGUUCGUGCUUCUGAAGAUUGUGCAGUCAAUGUAUAAUAAGCAGCUGGUUUGAUACCACUGGAUUUGGCCCAGUGCUGAACAUAUUUUACCCUACAGUGUUUCGAUAAAUUAAUCAUCGACUUUUAAAUGUUAAUUAAAGACAGAGUGCAGUCAUUGGUCACAAUGGAAAGAACUUGUAAAUUGCAGGGUCCAAUUAUUAGUUAGCUUUCUCUCACAUUUUCAGAUUGUUUGGUUCUGGAACAAAGCAGUGAAUCACAACCAGCUAGAACACUUGUGUUGAAGGGAUCAAUCGUCACGUUAGUUUUACUGAAGUGUUUGGUACUCGAGCAGGAACGACCAUUCAUUAUUGUUCCUGCAGGUGCCCCUCAUUUAACUUGGCCUCCAACCCUGCAAUGUGUUCACUGGGAGCCAGACGUGAGUUACAACUCAUUUUGGGAAAGAAAGGUUAGAUUCCUUGCAUGUUCAAAUUAGGUGUCCUCACUAAUGCUUUUUGGGGCUGCCUUGCAUGACUGGGUUACCCUGAACAGCAUUGGCCCAGCUCUGUUAUGGAAAACCAGGUGUGUAUUGUGCUCUUACAGAAACCACUGCCGACUGUAACCACCGCAGUAAGUUUGCCAACAGUAGAAACAUUUGUAUUCUCCAAUUUUAAGUAAUAACCCACUUCCCCCUCUCCCUUUCCUGCCCCUCCCCCCCCCACCCUGUGUGCACCCAUGUCUCCCACUAUCCCACCCUCUUCUCCCUCCCGACUCUGCCUGUCCACUUCCAUCUAUAUCACUCCCUCUGGCUUUACAUUUCUCUCCU